GUCUUGCGCAUGAGCAGAUCGUCCCGCCAGGGCGGAAGUGAGGGGCUGGUCCGCGGAGGUGGGAACCGCCGCUGUUGCUGAGGGGUGGGCCAGCGGCCGACAUGGCGACCCCCGGGAGUGUUGUAGUUCCCGUGGCAGUGCUGGUGCUGUUGCUUUGCGGGGCUCCCUGGACCCACGGACGGCGGAGCGACGUGCGUGUCGUCACGGACGAGAACUGGAGAGAGUUGCUGGAAGGAGAGUGGAUGAUAGAAUUUUAUGCACCAUGGUGUCCUGCUUGUCAGAAUCUUCAGCCAGAAUGGGAAAGUUUUGCUGAAUGGGGAGAAGAUCUUGAGGUUCAUGUUGCAAAAGUAGAUGUUACAGAGCAGCCAGGACUGAGUGGGCGAUUUAUCAUAACUGCUCUUCCUACUAUUUAUCAUUGUAAAGAUGGUGAAUUUAGGCGUUAUCAGGGCCCAAGGACUAAGAAGGACUUCAUAAACUUUGUAAGUGACAAAGAGUGGAAGAGUAUUGAACCUGUUUCAUCAUGGUUUGGUCCGGGUUCUAUUCUGAUGAGUAGUAUGUCAGCUCUUUUUCAGCUAUCUAUGUGGAUCAGGACUUGCCAUAACUAUUUUGUUGAGGACCUCGGAUUACCAGUAUGGGGAUCAUACACAGUUUUUGCUUUAGCAACUCUGCUUUCAGGACUAUUACUAGGACUCUGUAUGAUAUUUGUGGCAGAUUGUCUUUGUCCUUCAAAAAGGCGCCGACCUCAGCCAUACCCUUCCAAAAAAUUAUUAACAGAAUCUUCUCAACCUUUGAAAAAAGUGGAGGAGGAACACGAGGCUGAUGAAGAAGAUGUUUCAGAAGAGGAUGCUGAACAUAAAGAAGGAACAAAUAAAGACUUUCCACAGAGUGCCAUAAGACAACGUUCUGUGGGUCCUUCAUGGGCCGCAGAUAAAUCUUAGUUAAUUUUUAUAAAGAUCUUAAUAUAAUUUGGACAGAAACAGAAGAUUAAUCAUUUCUUUUGGUUUGAAGUGAACUGUGACUUGUUCCUUGCAAGAUUCCAUCUAUUUUGUCAUUAGAUUGAAAGGUCUAUCUUUAGAAAAGAAAAGGAGCACUAUGUAAAAAGUUUGAAAUAGGAUAUAACAGCAGUGUGGUGGCUUAAACAGUUCUUUAAAUUUUUGAAGAAUCUGGUGCCAAGCAAUAAGAUUUGUGUGUUUGUUUAAUAAUGACCUUUUUCAUAAUAAAAUUUUUGAGGUUGAAAAAUUA